UUUUGGGAAGAAGAGCACAACGUUUUUUACCAUUACACACAGAUCGGAUCGGACCUUCUUCUUUGCCCACGGUUUCCAGGACCGAACUGGAUUUUUGUUCCCCCGUUUUUGGGAAGAAGUCAGAACAUAAAUUUUUACCAAGUACCCACAUUGGAUCCGAUACGGUUCCUGUCCGGGUGGAAUCUUCUUCUUUGCCCGCAGUUUCCAGGAACCGCGAAGGGGCAGAGCGUUCCCACCACGUUCCACCGUUGAACAGGAAAACCGGCGACCGCGCCCCUCAUAUCAUCCACUGAAUUUCUUCCUCCUCAAGUCUUCUUUGUCGCCGCACCCACCGCCUCCCAAGAAAAGAACCCAACUCUGCUUCGGUCCCACCUAUUUAAACACGCCACACGACCAAUCCAGCUUGGCCAUCUGUCCGCUCAUUCAUCGACCCAGUUCCUCAAUUUGACUCCCCGUCAGAUCGCCAUCAUACCCAUUUUCCUGUUCUCUCGCGUGUUCUUGAUUUUCGAGCGGUGGUGGGUUUUGAAGGGUUUUGGUGGGUUCUCUGUUUUCUUGAAGAAGUUUUGGCAUCUCGGUUGUCCGGAAGCGAUGGUGGAGCAGACUGAGAAGAAGAAGAAGAAGCAGGAGGAGGCGACGAAGGGGCGGAGGAAUCGAUGGAGCAAUGGCGCGAUCGGCGGUGCUCUCGUCAUCGUCUUGCUCGCCGUGGGAAUAAGUUGGGCAACUGCUCCGAAGAUUAAUUUGUUCUCACGCGUUGAUGACAAGCCUUGUCCUUGCGCCAGGGAUGCGAAUGAGUAUAGAGGAUUGGUGGAGGAUUGUUGCUGUGAAUAUGAGACUGUAGACCAUCUCAAUGAGGAAGUGUUGCAUCCCCUGCUCCAGGAUCUGGUCAAGACCCCAUUCUUUCGAUACUUCAAGGUCAAGUUGUGGUGUGACUGCCCCUUUUGGCCUGAUGAUGGCAUGUGCCGUUUGCGGGAUUGUAGUGUUUGUGAAUGCCCAGAGAAUGAAUUCCCAGAAUCAUUUAAACAUCCAUCCAAUCCUAUCCUUCCAUCUGACGAUCUUAUGUGUCAAGAAGGAAAACCUGAAGCUGCUGUGGAUCGUACUUUGGACAGAAAUGCUUUUAGAGGCUGGUCAGAGACAGACAAUCCAUGGACAAAUGAUGAUGAAACUGAUAAUGCUGAAAUGACGUAUGUGAAUCUCCAACUCAAUCCUGAACGCUACACUGGUUAUACUGGCCCAUCUGCCAGAAGAAUUUGGGAUGCUGUUUAUGCAGAAAACUGUCCUAAAUAUCCAUCUGAAGAGUUGUGCCAAGAGGAACGAAUAUUAUACAAGUUGAUAUCUGGUCUUCACUCUUCCAUUUCAGUUCACAUUGCUGCAGAUUUUCUUCUUGAUGAAACAAAAAAUGAGUGGGGUCAAAAUCUCACUUUGCUGCAUGAUCGUGUUUUGAGAUACCCAGAUCGUGUCAGAAACUUGUACUUCACCUUUCUCUUUGUUCUCCGUGCUGUCACGAAGGCAGCAGAUUAUUUGGAACAAGCGUCAUAUGAUACAGGCAAUCCUAAUGAGGAUUUAAAGGCACACUCCUUGAUGAGACAGCUUUUGUAUAAUACCAAACUUCAAGCUGCUUGCCCAAUCCCGUUUGAUGAAGCAAAGCUGUGGAAAGGCCAAAAUGGACCUGAACUGAAGCAGAAAAUUCAGAAUCAAUUCAGAAAUAUCAGUGCGAUCAUGGACUGUGUAGGAUGUGAAAAGUGUCGGUUGUGGGGAAAACUUCAAGUUCUUGGGCUUGGAACUGCAUUGAAGAUUCUCUUCUCUGUUGAUGGUCAGGAAAACUUGCUUCACACACUGCAGCUGCAAAGGAAUGAAGUAAUUGCUUUGAUGAACCUGCUCAAUCGGCUCUCUGAAUCUGUCAAACUGGUUCAAGAAACAGGACAGUCAGCCGAAAAGAUGGGGCUGACUUCUGAACAGAAAGCGGCAAGUUGCCCAUUCCACAAGAUGUGGGCAUCCUUGAAGAUAACCUAGCUAAUCACAUGUAGUCUUAAGGGCAUUUAGGAUAACAUAAGGAAUUUUGAGUUGUUCCUUAGGAAAUUGACCCUUUGGGUUUCAAAGCCUAUGCCCCAUAGAGAUACACUUCAUAGACAGAAAUGAAAGCAACCAAAGGAAGGAACCAGAAAAGAGGGGAAAGAUUGUAUCAGGUUUUGCUUUUGAGCUUGUGCAUUGAUCAAUGCAUGUAUAUGCGACACCAAAUGUUUUCGGUUUGACUGGUGCAAGAAACUUCUCUUUUGGUUCUGUAGUCGUGUGAAUGUAACGUGCACAUUUCUCUUUCCUUUCACACGGUUUGAUUUUUGCA